AUGAACAACUUGGAAGAGCAGCAACAUUCUUUGCUCGUCCAUUCAACGCUCCGAAUUCAUUUAAUUGAUUUUUUCAAUCCAUUUGAUCAUCCGAUCUUGCUUGUAAAAUUAAAAGAAAAGUUAACAAGUAAAAAAAGAAAGGCUUUUUCGUUAAAUUUUGAACAUGUUGGGACCAUGGGAGUUUUUGAACAAUUUGGCAAUUCAAAUGAAUUAUUUGAUUAUCCAUUUGAUGUAAAGAUAUCAUACUUGUUGGAAUGUAUUGUUGUAUCAGAUACAUACAAUCAUAGAAUUCAAUGUUUUCACUUGGAAACAAGAAAGUAUUUGGCCACCCUGAAAACACUGGCUGCAGAGCCUACUAAUCUCUGUAUCGAAGAAGAUUGUGUAAUCGGAGAGGAAAGAGUAGCCGUGUUUUUAGGCUGUAAUGAAAACUCUAGAGUUUACAAGUAUAAUUUAUGCAAAGUAUUGGCAUCACAAACUAAAUCUGCCCAAGAUACCUAUGAUAGCUGUGGCAUUUGGACGUCUAGUGCUCAAUUUUUUCAUCCAAGAGGAAUGGCAUUAUGGCAAAAUGACGCAAACGAACAUUUGCUAUUUGUUUGUGAUUAUCUUAAUGAUUCUAUUAAGGUAUUACUUUCAAGCACAGGCGAACAAGUUCAGUGUAUCAAUAAUUUCACAGCUCCAUGGAAUAUUGCAUUUUCAACUUUUGGAGAAUUAAUAGUUUCUGAAAUGUCACAACAAAGCAAAAUUACAAUGCUCAAGAGGAAUGACGAAGAAUGGCACGUUUUUUUGGAGUUUGGACAUUCUACAACAGAAAAUACGAAUUUUCAGUUUCCUUGCAAUUUGUGGUAUGACAGAGUUUCAGAUCGCAUAAUAAUUGGAGAUGGUGAUAAUUUUCGAAUUCAAAUAUUCACGCGAAGUGGAUUUUUGGUAAAAUCGAUAUGUGGAAAGGAUUUUCAAACAGAACAGUCCUUUGAACAAAUGGUUGGAUUAUGUGUGAACGAAUUAAGUGGAGAACUAAUUCUAUGUGAUAGUGCCAAUAAUAGAAUCCAACUUUAUCGCUAA